GGCGCCAUUGUUCGGGGACCCUUGAACCGUUGAACCAUUCAGCCAUGUUUAAUAUAUAGUGGGGUGUGUAGGGAUUCAGCGGGGUGAACGUCAUCCCUUCAUAACAUUCAGUUUCAGAAUGGGAUGGUGCAUGCAGUCUCAUAUUUUGUGAGAAAUGAGCAAUGGAACUUUUAAUUUCACUGAAGAUUUUAUACAAGUGUGAAUGAACAUUUAGCAUGCAUCAGUUGAAUUUUCCCCAUUUCGACAUUUCUUCCCUAUCUGUAACAAAUCUUCAUGUACAAGGAACAGUUCUGAUUAUUGUAUAGAGUUUUUAUAAUACCAAAUGAAUUUAUGGCAUUUCACAACUUUGCCACUGCAUCAGUUAAAAUUGAUUCACCACUAAGCACAUCAAUUCUCUCAUACGGGAAAACCAAGAAAGACUUCUGUGGAGAUGAAGAAUAGACACAAAGACUCACAUCCAGGCAGCUCCAUUUUGCAAGAUAACCAGAAUAUUCAAACAUCUCGUGAACUGGUUUCUGCCUGCUUGUGCUGCUUAAUGGCUUCCUCAUCGUUAAGCCUCCUAUGCUGAGGAUCAGAGUAGCAUGAAGUACCCACAGUUGGUGUCGAUGCCCUCAGCUGUGCAGGAUUGGCUCGAUGAGCAACUUGAGGCUCGAGGUAUUGAUGCAGUGGUCUACACUCGAUAUAUCCUCAGUCUGUUACAGAGGGACACACUUGAUUUGCCAGACGAUCUCCUUACUGUCUCCUCGAAUAAAGUUAAGAAAUGUGGAAUAGAAAAACUGGUUGAUGAAUUGUGUGCCAAGCUGAAAGAGAUUCAGAGUGAAGGUGAGAAAAGCAUCCAUUCAGAGUUGCCACAAGAAACUGUUCCAAGCAAGCAGUUACACACACCAUCACCUCAGGACCAAGUUCAGAAGUAUUAUGCUGCUUUUCCACCAUUAAAUGGCAAAGUUGUUGACAGCAGCAGUUUUAUUACCCUGAAUCCUGAACCUAGUUCUGCUUGGAGUGGUAAAAAAGUUCUUGCCAGUUCAUUUGGAAAAAACAGGCCUUGUUACACAUCAGAUCAAGAAGCAAAUUCAAGUGAAGAAAAGUUAUUGGUUGGUACUACCAGUUGGGGAGAGGAAAAUAAAGAGAACAGGGGUAAGAACAAUAGUUCAUGGAAAGAGGUGGGCAGAGAAAACAUGAAAUCUGGUAAUCAGAUGAAGGAAAAGGCUAAGGGUAAGAAGGAAACCGGCUAUGGAUUUGCAUGGAACAUGGCAAGUGAACGAAAUGGAAACUAUACUGACUUCUGCCCUGGAGUAAGCUAUGAGAACAGCAGUUUUGACAUGUUGAGAAUUUUCCAUUGUAACAGACAGAACAAAGGCAGUAAGGUGGAUGAUAAUGUGCUACCAGAGAAAGAACUCCAAACACAUCAAGAGGGUGGUUCAGAAAAUGCUGUUUGUCGGAGGUUAUAUGAGCGGCAGACUGGUAAAGGACACUCAGUUUCUUCAGGAUGCAUUGAUUCUAAGAAAGAGAAAUUACAGAUUGGCUGUGUUGCAAGAGAUGAUGGUGCGUGGCACCAUAAGUCUCCUGGACAAGGUACAGAAGAUCAGAAUCUUGCUCAACUAAUUGCGAAGUUUGAUCAUAGCAUUGAAGCUCUUUGGAAUCCAGAUGAUAUCUCUACUUCGCCAGGUAAUUUUUCUUCUGAGGAAACAUUAAAUUGUGACCAGGAAUUACCCUUGGAUUUUCAGCAACUUCUGUCAUCUCCAAAUGAACAGUAUCUUAGAGUGGAGUUGUACAACUUGAAUAGCAAACGGAAUCAAAAUGUAUUUUCAGCCAGUAACACAUUCAUUCAGUGUGGUACUAAUAUCACAAGCUCAAUUUGGUCUGAUCAACCAUCACAGGAAAAUUCUGUUGAACAAGAUUUUGGAAUGGAUUAUACACAUUGUGAGCAACAGAAUGUAUCAGAUCAUUUUGAAGAUUCAAAAAUCAGACCUAUGGACCCCUGCUGUAAUGAUGUGGAAGUGGGGGAAAACAAGUACACAGUUCUUGUGGUUGGAGAAGGAAAAGUAGUUGGAAAUAAGUGUCAGUCUGAAGAAAAGUUAAAGGGCAUUAAAUGUGAAGGAAAAAAUUUUUCUGGUCCUUUGUUUAAGGAUAUGGAUGUUCUUGAAAUUGGCAGGUGUUGUGAUGUGCCUACUUCAGAGGACAGGUCUAAAGUUGAUUGGAAUAAGUAUGAUAAUUUCUCUUCACUCUUCACAAGUUUACCUUGGACAGUAAAUUAUACAGUAAGUGAUAUUACACAAGGAGUUGGAACUGGAAAGUGGUCCAGUGUUGUGAGCUCAAACACACAUGACAGUUAUUCGCCUUUUGGUGGUAUUUUUGCUGAUGGCCAUUGUCAUGUGAAUAAUUCCAUAGGGAGUCAUCUUAACAUUUAUACUAAUGUACUCAAUGAUAGUUUGACCACACUGAAUCAUAACAGAGAAGACAGCAGUUUUACUGAGGUCAUUCCAAAACAGAAUUCCUUGAGAAGAUUGUUGGCAGACCGAUCUGGUUCUGAUACAGUGCAGGAGAAGAAGAAAUGUAUAUCUGCUGAACAUGUUUAUCAUUUGGAAACCAAAGAUUGUGGAGCUAGUAAGGGAGGAAAGUCGGAAGCUGAAAAAGAGGAGGAAGAUUUGUUGACAUCAACACGGACACAUUUUCGUCCUAUCCACACAGAGAAUAUGGAGCUGCACCAUAGCACAAAUGCUAGUAACAAUAACAAUGUUGGUGGUUAUGCAGAUGGAACUACGUUUGCAAUUCCAACUAAUCUAGAAGAAGUAGCAUUUAAGAGAAGCGAGAGUGGAACUUUGUAUCUUGAGGCUGAAGCUGGUGCUGGCUUGGAGACCCCGAACAAGUACAUGGAAUAUAAAGAGAAAGAAGCAUAUGGGGGUCGCUACCGCUAUGAUCAUCCACCUGGUAUUCAUGAUAACUCAAGGGAAUUUAUACCAAAGUUUAGAGUGCGUCAGAAUGAAAAAUGGUGUCAGACCGAAGAAGCAGAAGACAUGCUACAAAGUGAUGAGGAAGUUGAUACAAAAAGAAGUAGGCAAGAUGUUAGGGCUGUUAAUGACCCUGAAGAUUUCUACUUUCCAGAUGAUGAUCAUUUUGCAGAAAAAAUUUUAAAUUCUUUGGAAGACGGCUAUGAAGAUGCAACAGGGAUGGAAAAUAAAAAGAACUCUGCACAGUGUCAUCCACAAACAGAUAUUUAUGUGUCACAUAAUUCUUCUCUUCUGAAACAUAGCUCUUGCCUUCAGCAUGAGAAUAAGAUUGAUAGUAGCUUAGGACCUGAUUCUUUGAAUGGAGUGGUGCGAAGGAAGCUAAAUAACUCUCACUGCUUAUGUGGUAGUAAUAGCCAUCAUCUACAGUUGUGGAAGACGGGAUGGCCAAAGUCAUCACAGGUACCAGAGUCAGCUGUGUGGGAAACAGCAGGAAGUGACAAACCUCACCCUUGGUACAGCAUUUGGAACUCAAGCCCAGGAUCCUCAGCAAAUCUGUGUCAGUGUGACAUGUCGCCUCCUGUGAGUGUUUUAGUACCCCAGUCAUUGUUAGACAAGGAGCCAAACACUGGUGGAACUGAUGUAAGGAGUUUGCAAUAUAGUCGUCUUCGUGAGGAGCUCACAAUGGAAGGGGAGCAGCUCUUGUCAGACCUAAGCUACAUGCAGCACCUGUAUCAAGGAUCAGACUGGCAGGAUGACACAACAGCAGCAGAGGAAUCUAUACCAGAUUGGAGGCCUGAACAGGAGGAAGCAGAUGGUGAUAGGAAAUCAUGUUACAUGUAUCCUCCUGAGGACUCCACCCAGGAGAUGAUGAUGUAUGCGGAGGAUGCUGGCUGCACUCAUAGUCUUCCGAUCCAUCACUCAGUAGUGAAGGAAAGGAAGUCUGUGGAUGACUUUGGCACUUUACCAAGAAUGGCUGCCCUAUCUACAGACUUGGAAGAAGAGCGGAUGCAAAACGAACGACCCCUCAGUGCAAAGGCAAUCCAAAAGGACCGCAAAAGGAGGCAUUCAGCAAGUCAGCGAGCAUGCAGCUAUUAUCUUGAGGGCAGUUGUAGGCGUCCACACUGCCGCUUCUCUCAUGACUUGGCUACCGUCCCGUGCAGGUUCUGGGCAGACUCGUCUUGCUUGAAGGGAAUUGCCUGUCCAUUCCUUCAUGGAAGUGCUCAGGCUCUGCGACCUGUUACUUUGUAAAGGUAACAUCUCUUUAGGCAUUAACAUUGAUAAAUUUAUAGUGAAAUUAGGUUGUAAUUAGUAAACAACUUCCUGUGAGUUUGUGAACAUAAGCCUGGAGCAUAAUCCAGUGUUAUGUGAAUUCAGUUCAUAUUUGCGAAUUUCUUGUGGGAUUAUAGCAUAAGGUAUUUUGAAAUACUCAGGAGGCAUUUGAUGUAUUUCAUGUUACAUCCUGACAGUUUCUGUGAGAUUGAGACAUUCCCAGAUAGAAUGCUCUAUUAUGAUAUAAUAUCCCAAUACAGAGAUUUGCAUUAUUGACGCUCACCUGUCAGACCAAUGUCAAAGCAGAAAUAAAUAGUUCUAACGAGAACAAGAUUUUGAAUUUCAGUUAGCUUCACGUUUGAAUAAUCUUAACUGAGAGAGCUCAUGUAGGAAAAUAAUCAUGCGUUAUUGAUAUACUCCACUCUCAAGAUUGUGGACUAUUGGUCUGGUUAUAAAUGAUACCGAAUCCCCUUUGAUUAAUGUCCCUGUGCUUUGUUUCUUGUUGUGCAUUAUGGGGCAGCUUCACAUAUGAAUGAUCAAAAUUGAUUUUGAUACCUAUAAUUUUGUAUGUGAGCAUGUGUGUGUAUGAAUGCUAUAUGAGAUGUGAAGUAGUAGUUAAUACAAAAGAAACUCAUGUUAUUGCAGUUUAUAUUUUAAUGCUUGCCUCUUUUAAGUACUGCAUUGUGUGUGCAUAUAUGGUAGCCAGGCACUGGACUUGUACUUAGAGAAUGUAAAGUUGUGCUGGUGAAUUGUGGGAAUUUGUGCUACAAAAAUCAAAAUAGCAUGAAAAUAUUUAUAAAAAUGGUAGGAUUGAAAGAAUAAUGAUUAUUGACCCCAGGUGGGAUAUUAAUAUUUUUAAAAGUAAUGACAUAUUUAUUCCCACUUUCCUUUCUUUCUCUCAUUUUUCAGUCACAGUAGU